GCCGACCCGCUGGAGGCCUACCACCGCAGCCUCGCGGACGGCGCGGCGGCGCGGCGGCGACUGCUGUCCCUGCAGGCCCAGCGGGCCGAGGCCGGGGCCUGCUGCGGCCGGCUGGGCGCGCCGCUGCCCGCGCCGUCUUGGGAGGGCCUGGAGCGGUUCGUGGAGGAGCAGGUGUCCCUGCUGCGAGGCCAGCUCGGCCUGGCGCCCCUGUGGGACCCCCGGCUACGCGCGCGGCUGCGCAGGCGCCCAGAGGUGGCCGGCGUGGAGUGGGGCCGGCUGGCGUCGGCCGGCGGCCCCGGAUCAGCUCUGAUGUCUGCCGCUGCGGCCGAUGGCCGCGAGGCGGCCGAGCUGCUUGGCGUCGGGCCCGCUCACGGCCGCCGCUUCGCGGCGCACGUGUGGGUCUACGGUUUCCCAGAUGCGUGCGCGGCCGCGGCGCACCUGUUGUGGCACCCUGUCUUUGGCGCGCAGCGGGCCGGCCUGCGGGCCGCCGUGACCUGCGCGCCUGCGCGCGUGGCGAGUGCGCGGCGUGCCACGCGCGGCCAGGUGUUGGUCGCGGCAGCGUGGGAGGCGGGCGGCCCGGGCGACGCCCUGCCCACCAGCCCUGCGCUCCCCGCAGCGCUGGCCGCAGCGUCGCCAGGGAAGCGCCUCCAGCGGGCCGCGGUGGAGCUGGCCGGGGCGGGGCGCUCGGACGAGUUCGCCGACCUGGCGCCGGAUUUGCUGGAGGAGCUGCUCGAGGCGGCCACCAUGGCCGCCGCCGUCCCGGCAGCAGCCCCCCCGGCCGGGCGCGCGGCGCGGCAGGCCGCCGCCGUGCCGCGCUUCCGGGUCCGCCUGCGAGACCUGGAGGCCACCUUGGACGGCGGGACCGAUUGCAGGGGCAGCCUCGCCACGGCCGAGAGGGGACUGGCCGCCAGCUCCGCCGAGGAGGCCGAAGCCGCCUUCGCCAGCCAAGGCCGCGGCCCCGAGCGCCCAGAGCCGCCGUCGCCCUCCGCCUUGCCGCGGCCGCUACAGGUGCGGCUCGCCGCCCUGCGCGAGCCUGCGGCCGCCGGACCUCCUCCAGGCUGGCCCGCUGAGGCGGCGGCGGGCAGCGCCACUAGCAGCAGCGCCCCCGCGGCCAGCGCCACGGCAAGCAGCGAGGCCGUUGCCGAGGGCGCCGAGGCCGGAGGCGCGGGCGGCACGGGCCGCGAGGCCUCCGUGGCCGCAGUCAGCAGCGAGGCCACCACCGUCGCCAAGCCUGCCUCCGUCGGCGCAGCAGAGGACGCGCGGGCGGCGGCUUUCCCGGCCGCGCGGGCCGCGUCUGCGCGCCAGGGCCAGCAGCGGCGGCUGUGCGCCGAGCUCUGCAAGAACUACUCGAGCGGCGAUGGCGAUGCCCUUAGCCUCGCAGCCGCGCAGAGCAUGGCGGGGUGGAUCGCGGAGAUGGUCAAGGGAACGCGGGCGCAGGCGGUCUCGAGCGAUGGGAAUGUGGUUCCGGUGGACGUACGCCUGGCCGCCGACCCCUGGACGAUGCACGUGGCACUGGCGGGGGAGGCGCACGAGGUUCGGCUGGCCGACAUCGAGGCGGUGGCCUGCGGCGAGAAUGCGGGGCGCGCCUUGCGCGGACGACUCGAGGGGCGACCGCCCCCCGGGCUGGUGGUGAUGACGCUAAAAGGGGGCAGUUGCCUGGCGCUGAAAUUCCCGCGGCCCGGCGCGCCGCCCGAGGCCUUCGCGGCCCGCCUGGCAGAGCUGUGCGAGGAGGAGCGCAGCUGCCGCCCACCGCAGGAGCCACGGCCACAGCCUGCCGUGGAGGCUCCCGCCUGCGGCGGGCCCUCGACCUAUGGCCACAGAGACUUCUGGCUGGAUCCACCCUCGUCUGGCCUUGCUGCUGCUCACCGGCCGCUGCCGCCUCGCGCGCGGGACGCGGCAGGCGUCGCGACGCCGACGACCACGGUGCCUGUACUCGUGCCCGCCGAACCAGCACCGUCUGAUCGGCCGCGCGCCACCCGCGCGUUUGCCGCGCCGCUGGCGCCGCCGCACUCCGCUCCGCCUUGGACGCAGCAGGUGCUGGGGCAGGCCCCCUUUGCUCAUCAGACAGCCGCCGUCGAAGCCUCCCCACGGCCCUCCCUGAGACCGCGGACGCCGUCCCCGCAGCCGCUGCCAGGCGCGGCGCUCCGCGGCCUGUCGCAGACACCACCGCUGCCAGCGCGACAGCCAGCGGCCGGUGCCCCACCGUCGCCAGUGCCGAGGGCACCGCCGCCGCGACCCGCGGCCGCGCUGCCAUGGGGGCCGCUGGCGCCGGGGCCCGCCGCCGCUGCUGGGAGGUGGCGGCCACCGCAGAGGGCCUGGUCCGCCCCUGGGCCGCUGCCGCUGCCGGUCGCAAUCGGGUGGGAGACUCUCGCGAGGACUCAUGCCGGCGUGCCAGGGGCGGGCCACGAGGCGACGGCCUCCGCGGCGGCCACCAUGGCAAGGGUCGCCACCGCAGUCGUGGCGAGGAUGCAGACCACGGCGCUGACCAUGACCGCCAACGUCCGUGCCCCCCAGGACGGUGCACCGCCAGCGCCCGCGCUGGCCGAGGCGGUCGGGCACCGAGGCAUCAUGUCCUCGCGCGCGCCCCUGGGUGCGCCCACGGCGCGGAGCGGCGGCUCCUGA